GCUUCUACACCGGCAGUGGGUUGACGUGUCCUGUAUUAAUUUUUUCUUCAUAUAAAAAUAAUUACUAAUAUUUUUUUUUGUGUUUAAAUUGGAAAAAGAAAUUAGUCACAGUGUGUGUAUUUAAGUCCUUUGGGGAAAACUACGUUAAAACAAUGAGCGACGAUCGUAACAUUCAAUAUAAUAUGCAACCUCAAAUCCAGUAUGUUGAGGGGGAUGAUCAAGGCGCAUUUUAUUACAGCAUGGAGGAGUCUCUUGCUGAUAACAUGUACAAUCUUGCGAUUGAGUCUGAUAACAACGAUGACGACGUUGACUUGACUCCGACGCCAUCUUCUCGUCCUCCGCCUGAGCCAUUUGGAAUAAAUAACUUUUCUGAGGAUGAUCCCGAUGAAAUGGAUAAUAUGACGACAUUAGCUAGCAUCAGCAAUAUGAUUGAAAAGCAUUCGACUGUAUAUCCCGAUGUGAAGAUUUUGUUGCAAGAAUUAGAGCCCGGAUUUUUUAACUACGGUACCAUUUUUUUCGAGUUAGAGAAAUUGUCAUGCGUCGUCGAGGAUUACUUGGAUGAGAACGAUUUCUCCUCGGAUGAUCCUGACUCCUCAUACACACUUUAAAUUCGAUGUUUACUAUUUAAACUGGCUGUUGUAUUAAAAUAUUUAAUCAAUCACGCCACUCAAUGUAUUAGUGUCUAUCUAUUGGUAUUAAACUAAAUUCACAAUGUAUUGUACUUCUACUAAAAUACUAUAUCAUAUUACUUUUACUAUUUGUACUUCUACUAAAAUACUAUAUCAUAUUACUUUUACUAUUUGUACUUCUACUAUAGGACUUUUUAAAAUAAGAUUAUAAUUUAGUUUUCAUCUUAUACAUUCAUAUAAUUUUGUAGGUGUUGUCAUCCAAACUGUAGACUUUUUCAUUACAUGACAUUCACUUACACUUUUCAUUCAUGAUUCAUAAGUGUCUAAUUAAAUAUUUUCGGAUAGUAUUAAUAAUAAGUUAUAUAAUAUAUAAAACGCACUUAAAAUGUUAAUAGUGAGAAAUACGUAGGCUCAGAAAGAUGGUAAAAAAUUACCGAGUAGAGUUUUUGAAAAGCAAAAGAUAUCUUUGUAAAUAUAUAAAUAGAAGAAGUCUUAUACUCUCACUUAAUCCUGUUAUACAUAAUUAAAAAUUUAAAAAGAAAUACUUGUCUCAAAUCCAUCAGAUAAAAUACUAUCGAGAACUAAUAUAUUAAAAACUAUUAAUUUUAUCCUUCGUAAAUGGUUCUUUUGAAAAUCGAUCCUGAUCGGCUUCUGAUUCAGAAGUGAGUUGUAAGGUUUCUUCUAGAGAUAUCUUGAAGUUUAAGUUUUUAGGCUAUACUUAUGAUUUGCAAGCGUUUUGAUAAGUUUUGGUAAAGUAGUAAUGAAUUUUAUUUUUUAAAUUUGUAGGAGUAAGAUGUAUUCUGCCUGAAGGCGUACUAGAUGUUAAAUAUUAAAUACCCAAAUUAGUAAAGUUAGUAAAAUUUGCGUGAGUUUCAAAAUUUUCAAAGCGUACUGUACUAAACAUUAAAGAAUUCUAGAUUUGAUAGAGCCAUUAAAUUGAAAAAAAAAGCAUUUAAUUUUGUUAACAAUAACAACAGCCAGACUUCGUUUCUUUGACUUUUAUAAUGUCACAACAUAAAUGUGAUUUAUGUUAGCACUUAGAGUUCUGGGUUAGUCUGUAAGAAUUAGCUACAUUAACGUAUCAAUUUAAUUAAAUAAAUAUAAGGCCAAUAUGGGUAUGAAUA